CAACUGGGUAAUUGUAUAGGAAAAGGUCAGUUUAGUUCUGUUUAUAGAGCUCUAGAUCUUAACAAAGGGGAAACGGUAGCUAUUAAAAGAUUAUAUAUAGACGGUGAUCAACAAAUAAUGAAAGAAGUAACGUUGCUAAAAGCAUUAUCUCAUCCAAAUGUCAUUCAAUACUUGGGUUAUAUACAAACGUCACAAAGUAUAAACAUCGUUUUAGAGUAUGCAGAGAAUGGAUCCUUAUUAGCAACAUUAAAGGCCUUUGGCGCCUUCCCCGAACGACUUGUAGCUUCCUUUUGUAUUAAAAUCUUGCAUGGUCUUGAGUAUUUACAUGAAAACCACGUAGUACAUUGUGAUCUAAAAGCAGCCAAUAUUUUGACAACCAAGACAGGCGAUGUCAAAUUGUCUGAUUUCGGUGUCUCACUUAAUUUAAAGAAAUUAAAUCAUAGUCAGAAGACAGGUCAUCUUGUCUCCGGAACACCCAACUGGAUGGCGCCAGAAGUGAUUGAAUUAAAAGGAGCAUCCACUAAAUCUGAUAUUUGGUCUUUAGGCUGUACACUCAUCGAAUUAGUGACAGGGAAACCACCUUACGCAGAUAUGUUGGCCAUGUCUGCCAUGUUUCAUAUAGUCGAGGAUGAAAGCCCACCUUUACCUUGCUCAAUAUCAGAGGACAUGAGAUCCUUUUUAUUAGCUUGUUUCCAAAAGGAUCCUUUCAAGAGGCCUUCAGCAACAGAGCUUAAGCAACAUUCCUGGAUUUUGCAAUAUGAUGGCCGAUCAAUUACAAGAAAAAUAAAGUCCUCACCACAACAGCAAGAAGAAGAAUCUAUAAAAGAAGAAAAGAGGAAAACAGAUUCAAUAGAAGAGUCUUUAGUAGAUAAAAAUUUAUCCCAUCGAUUUCUUUAUACAACUUUUAGAAAAGGCGUUAUUUGUAAAGUAUGUAAUGAAAUAGUAAAUACACAGUUUAUGAUUUGUCAAGUAUGUUUAAUUAUUUGUCAUGAAGAAUGUAAAAAAAGAGUAUCUCCAUGUUUGCUGAAAAUCAAUGGUCAACAACCUACUUUUAAUGUAAGUGUAUUACUUUGA